GGAUUCUGGGACUCUUCCAUAAGAGGCAGAAGAAGCUCGCUCAUUCCUCAUCCUGGUAAAUCAGCGUCUUGUGGCCGUCUGCGGAGUGGAGAGGCCUCUGAUGCACCGAGUGACUGUGCCUGUGAAAUCGAGCUCUUGGCCGAAAGUGGCAAACUGUGGUUUGUAAAUCCUAUUUUUAUCGAGGAAUGUGGCAACACACAGGCCUGUGAUCAACUUCCUCCAACAAACUGUGUUGCAAAGGCCGACGUUCAGCUCCCCAAAGUUGUUUACAGGAGACCUCCUCCACCGCCUCCUCCGUUACAUAAGCCUCCCCUUCCGUCUGUUCCUCCUUCUGCGCCUCCCCCAGAUUAUAUACUUCCACAUUCACACUCACCAACGUUAAGUUCUCCUAAGAUUUCCUCUCCUACGCCUUCAAGCUUCUCUGACCAAAGUCUGAGCUCUCCUUCUCAAAGGUCUUCUGUCACCGAUGAUCAUAUGGUUGAGAAGCCUUCUGCAGAUAUGAGAAUCAGCAAUUCAGAAGAGAAGAAAGACGUUCCAGGAAAUAAUGCGCAUCCAGAAGCAUCUCCAGUUCGGACUCCAGUUCGCCUCCCACCUGCUGUCCCAAAAAGGAGACCUUCUGGGAAAGUUCCAGAGAAUGCAUCCAAUGUUUUUUCAGUAAAACACAAUGCAGGGGAAAAAAAACUAAGUUCACCAUCUUCUGAGCACAAGAACAGUAUGCCACAAGUUAAGCCAAUGACGAAAAAAGCUGAGGCUCACAGAGGAAGCAAUGAAAACGUACAACAAAAGAAGGUCGGCUCUCCUGUACAUCAACAAAAAUUGGCAGACGGGAGAAAAAUGCCUCCUGUCCCGCCACCACGAGUGAAGAAAUUGUCUUCCAAGUAUUCCUCUGCCAAAGCUGCUCAGCAGAAACCAGAUCCAAAAAGGCUCUCUGAGCCCCAACAAUCUUCCAAGACUUCUGAAGUCCACCAAAGUGUCAAAAUCCAGGAUAAAAAAGGACAGAAAAAAAGUUCAACGUCCGAAGACCUGAAGGGUUCAGAUUCGUCUUUGAAUUCGCCGAUGAGUGGACCAAAUACUCCUGUGUCCAAUCCGGAGAUGGAUUCCAAUUCUGCCAGCAGUGCAGAUGAGGACUGUGAAAGGCCCACUGGUGCUUCCCUCAAAAAGUCCCAUUCAUUUAUGCUGGACAGGGCCAAAAACAGGUUGUCCAUUGUGGCCAUCACCAACGUCUUUUCGGCGUUCAUGUCUGCAGACCGGAAACUGCAGAAAAGGAUUACGGAACUGGCUCACGACAAAGACUCCUACUUCGGGAAUCUGGUGCAGGACUAUAAAGCCUAUAGUUUGGAGAUGAUGGCCAAGCAGAGAUCCAGCACAGAGAUGCUGCAGGAGAUACGGCUCAUGAUGACCCAGCUGAAGAGUUACUUAGUUCAGAGCACCGAGCUGAAGUCCAUGGUGGAUUAUAAUCUAUACACGGAUGAUAAAAUAGACGCCAUUGUGGAGGCGGCUCUGUGCAAGUGCGUCCUGAAGCCCCUCAAGGCCCCCAUUGAACGUUACCUCAGGGAGAUCCACGAGAAGGACGAAUCAUUGAGACUCCUGACUGAGAACCAGCUGGUCAUCCAGGACAUGACCACCACCGACCUGGGCGUCACCACCAGUGUGCCAGACAGCGGCGUGAUGGAGAAGAUUAUCCAGAAGUUCGGGACCAUGCACAAGACCUACUCACCAGAGAAGAAGAUCACCUACCUGCUGAAGGCAUGCAAACUCAUCUACGACUCAAUGGCCACAGGGAACCCAGGGAAGCCCCACGGAGCGGACGACUUCCUCCCAGUUCUGAUGUACGUCCUGGCCCGCUGUGACCUCGUGGCUCUUCUCCUGGAUGUAGAGUAUAUGAUGGAGCUGAUGGACCCUUCGCUGCAGCUGGGAGAAGGUUCCUAUUACCUGACCACCACCUACGGGGCUCUGGAGCACAUAAAGAACUACGAUAAGAUUACAGUGACUCGGCAGCUCAGCCUCGAGGUCCAAGACUCCAUCCAUCGAUGGGAGAGAAGACGGACGCUCAACAAAGCCAGGGUGUCUCGCUCCUCCAUACAGGACUUCAUCACAAUUUCCUUUGAAGAGCUGGAGGUGAACACGAGGACCUUGGCCACCAAGCCAGACACGAGGGUGGCCCAGGUGCUGCAGCAGUGUGCAGAAAAAUAUGAGGUGUCCGACCCACAGAAAUACGGCCUCUAUGUGCUUGUCAACGAACAGUUUUACCGUCUUGCCAAUGACUCGUUGCCGCAGCAGGUGAAAUCUCGUCUGCUGAAAAAUGACCAAAAAUUGGACUUCCACUUCCUGUAUAAGACGGCAGGUGACCAAGACACGCCAGUGAAGGACCUGGACUUCCUCUAG